AAUUCAUCCUCUUAUCCCGCUGUGGUGUCGGUUGAAACCUGUCUGCCUGUCGUCCUUACGCUACGAAACGAAUUUAGCCAGCAGAGAGACUACGGACUCUCAAGUAUACACUGACAGCUCUGGAAUCGGUGAAAGAAAAGAAAAAGCUACAAGAGAACUCCGCCGGGAUCAAGACUACAUGUCGACACUCAACAUGCUGGCUGAACAACCAACGUUCGCUGGAUCGGCCUUUGCCAGUGCCGAUACCGUCAAUCCUAUGGCAUCCUCCUUUGAAACAGGAACAGCUUUCCCGGGGGACUUCCUCGGUCUGUCAUUGCAGGACGAUGACAAUGUCUGGAAUCUCAGCCCGACCUCGCCUACGCUGGGGUCGUGGAACCCCAAGACAGAACCCGCCUUUGUGAACCCGAGUCUCGAGCGAGAUCUGAAGAACUCGCGGGUGCGCAAUGGACAGCCGACCCCUCCCCCGUUCGAAGACAAGAAGGCGGUUGCUACGGACGACUUGUUUGCCAUGAGCUCCAGCUGGGAGGACUCCAUGAUGAAAACUGCCAACAGCCGCCAGCGACGGAGCACCAGCGAUUCAUCAGAGAGCAGCGGGACGAAGCGUCGCAAGGUCCGCGAGCACAAGCAGUCCUCCAGCGGUCCCGAAGACGAGUCGAAGCACGACAAGGCAAAGCGGGAGAAAUUCCUGGAGCGGAAUCGACUGGCGGCCAGCAAAUGCCGCCAGAAGAAGAAGGAACAUACGAUGCUGCUCGAGUCCAAGUACAAAGAACAGUCGCAGAAGAAAGAAGAGCUGGUGGCCGAGAUCGCGCGCCUGCGGUCGGAGAUCCUGGGUCUCAAGAACGAGGUGCUCAAGCACGCCCAGUGCGGGGACGAGCCCAUCAAGCUCCAUCUGGCGCAGAUGGUCAAAAGAAUCACCUACAACGACACCGCUGAGGGCCACGACCCAGCGGACCCGGCUGACGUGACCGACUCGACCACAUCCCCAUCCAUUCACGGUGCCAUGUCGUUUGGCUUCGACGAUCCCUUGCAGCUGGAUCCCUGUCAAUCAGCAGAUUUGGAGCAGCAGCUCCGUCGGGAAUCCGAUGCGUCCCUGGUCUUCUCGACCGACGAUAACUUUGAUGACCUGAUUAACGUAUAACAUGUUUUGCCCUCUUUGGGGACAAGCGUGCGCCACAGGAGACACGUGAUAAGUAGCGCACGUGUUUCUUCCCUUUUCGG